AUGACCCAGGAAGCCAGCACAACAAAGCAAAGGGCAGAAACACCACCCGCGAAGAAACGACGGACCUCCCCACCGCGAGAACGCACAAUCCCCCCACAAGAAGUCCCCCCCCGCAGCAUCCCCUUCGUGACCCGACCCUGGCGCGCCAUCAACGGGGGCAAAGGGACCCCCCUCCCCCGCCACCACCGAAAAGAGAACCAGAGUCUCCUCUGGACGGUUCCAUUCGGCUACCGCCUCGAGGACGGGGCCUUCGUCGUCACCGCCGAGCUGCUCCAGACCCAUCUGACGAGAUUGUACGCCCAGAUCCACCGGUUCCGGGAACGGUACUCGUGUAGCCCCGAGGAGAUCGUGCAGUUAGCGCCGUUGAAGAAGCGCGCCAUCCUCCAGCAUCUGGGGUCUUUCUGUCGGUGUGAGGACUGGCCCUCCAUCAACAAACUGCUCAGCGCGGGCUCCUAUGAGCGGUUUUUGAACAAGCUGCUGGAGACGGUGCUGGUAAAGCAGUGCUUUGAGGAGGUCAUCUCGAAUCCGUUCUUCUAUGUCACGCCGUCGGGGGCGGUUGGUGACGGUGACGCUGGUAGUUCAUCUUGGUCGUUUGGCCGGGAGCUUAAGGUUCUGUAUGAGAUGCUUAUGAGGGUGAAUCCAGCCAAGGCCCACGAAUGGCGACAGAGUCUAACGCAUCUCCUACAGGCGGACUAUCAUGGAGGAUCGGAUGAUUGGCGGGUGGCGUUCGCGGCCAGCGAGAGCUUAGAGGCGGCCUGUCAGAGCCUUGCGGAGAACAUGCUGGAGAAGUGUGAGGCGUUUCGCGUGCUUCUGCGGGAUCUUGCGGACAACAGCGAAGCCAUCGACCAGCGGUGCCGUGACAUGGUGGAGAUCUUUCGAGUCGCGGCAGAGCUGUCGGUGGGAUUUGCGGCAAGCAAGGACGGGUUCGUGUUUCAUCUGGAUGUUGAGCAUGUUCCGCAUACGGUUGCACUGAUGCGUGAAAGAGUUUUAACCAAGAGCGGGGCGUGGAAGGGAGUUGGCGCCUUCAAAGGCCGGUGUCCGGUUCUCAUUCGGCAUCCGCUCAUCGAACGGUCAGUCUUGGUUGGAGAAGCUCAGGUGAGCCACCGGGGAAGGUGUAGGGAGGAAUGGCGGAAGGCCAACGAACACAGCUUUGGUUCGGAGGAAGAACUCGACCGACGGCUUGAUUGGCAUGUGCCGAUGUUCGGCGUGGGUGACUCGCACCUCACUCCAGUCUAUCAUGGCGAUUACCUUUUCGUGAAGGAAUAG